AUGUUUUAUAGCGGUGGAAUUUUCAACGGGUUUCAAUCGUACGCCCAGCUUGCACCUACGUCGCCCCCCGGUGGCGUCACAAAUGGUGUCGCGCCAGUAGCCGCUGCUGCUGCUGCUGCUGGCGCUGGAGGUGUCACACGUGGUUUCAAUGUAGCAGCGGUGCAAGCGGCAGCAGCGCAGCAAGCAGUGGCUUUCGAAGCAGCAGCACUGUACGCGAUUGGCGGCGAACCGUUUGCUGGUGUGUAUCCGAGUGCAAUGCAACAGCCACAUCAGACCACUCAACUGCCGCAUGCUUUCCAUAAGGUUUAG